AUGAAAAUAUCUAUUGAAAUCUGUAUACUUGGCGAUUUGUCGUCCUUUUCUCUCUCUCUCUCUCUCUCUCUCUCUCUCUCUCUCUCUCUCUCUCUAUCUAUCUUUCGCUUUCUUUCUAAAUCUUAUGAUUUACCGUGUAGCCAGAAUUCUCUGCUACAUUUAUUCUUUUUGUUUUUUAGUCACUCUUGCCACAAACCUUUUCUUUCAAAUCGUUGCGACAUACGCAUAAAAGCGUAUACACCAGGAUUUCUUUCUUUUAACUUUACAUUUUUCUUUCAUUGUUAUGAUUGCGGAUAUUUAGUCUUCUUUUUUUUUUUGUUUUCGCACUUUCUAAUUUCUUUCUUUUUCACUGUAACAACGAUGUUUUCUGCUUUUCUUUCUUUUACUUCCAUCAUCUUUCUCAACAUCUCCUUGCCCAAUCCCAACAUCCUGUCUACUUUGCUUAUCGAACAUCCCCACUCACAUUCACCUGUUAUCUACCUUUUCUCUCUCUUUCUUCUUUCUUUCUAUACCAUACUUAAGUCCAAUGUCUCCUUUACUUUCUUCGCUGUCACCUUUUCUCCAGAUGAUAACAACCUCGUAACACACCUCUUCAUUCUUCUUUCUGUUCUCUUGGAAAUUGUUUUUUUUUUCGUCCUAUCUUCUUCUUCUUCUUCUUCUUCUUCUUCUUCUUCUUCUUCUUCUUCUUCUUCUUCCACUCUUUACUUAGCAUCGGCGAUCUUUCGGAUGCUGAGCCCGUCUUCUCUCUUCUUUUGGACCAAACUGAUGACUUCUUUUGAAUGCAUUCUUCUUCAGGAUUUUAAAUGUCCCAAAAAUAGUGUCGGCCCCAUCUAUCUAUCUAUCUAUCUAUCUAUCUAUCUAUCUAUCUAUCUAUCUAUCUAUGCAUAUCCAUAUGUGCAAUACUAG